GAGUCUGAGAAAGGUACCGCUCCUUCAGCAUCUUUCCUAAGGAGCAUCCUAAGGAGCUCCUGACUCGCAAUGAAUGGGACGCAAGUAUGCCGCCUGAAACAAGUUAUCGCACAACAUUAACGGCACUUUCCUCUUAAUAAAAACACGACGGGACUAUGAAUCUGGAUAAAUCCUUGGAGACAUCGGAGGACUCCACAAAGACUAUAUGACAUUUUGAGAGAACUGGGAAAAUUAUCAGUGGAUUUUCUUUUUUGACUGAAGCUCUACCACUUUGACGAUGCCCGUUUUGAAAAGAGAGCAAGCGAGAGACGCAGGAGAUCCAAGUGGCCUCCCGAAGCUCCCAGUGCCACCCUUACAGCAAACACUGGACAUGUACCUAAAGUGCAUGAGUCACCUAAUACCAGAGGAGCAGUUCAAAAAAACUAAGGCGAUUGUAGAGAAAUUUGGAGCGCCUGAUGGGAUGGGAGAAUUACUUCAGAAAAAGCUACUGGAGAGAAGCGAAAAUAAGGCCAAUUGGGUGUAUGACUACUGGCUUGAAGACAUGUAUUUGAGCAACAGAUUAGCACUACCGGUCAACUCCAGUCCUGUGAUGGUCUUUCCCAAGCAGAACUUCAGGACUCAAAGUGACACCCUCAGAUUUGCUGCCCAUCUUAUUUCAGGUGUAUUAGAGUAUAAAUCCCUUAUAGAUGGACGUGCCCUCCCUGUAGACUAUGCUCGUGGGCAGCUGGCCGGGACGCCUCUGUGUAUGGAUCAGUACAACAAGGUCUUCACCUCCUACCGUCUGCCGGGGCCAAAAAUGGACACUUUAGUGGCUCAGAAGAGCACGGUUAUGCCCGAACCCGAACACAUAAUAGUGGCUUGUAAGAAUCAGUUUUUUGUUCUCGAUGUGGUGAUAAACUUUCGUCGGUUGAAUGAAAAAGACCUUUACACUCAACUGGAGCGAAUCAGAAAGAUGGCAGACAUCGAAGAGGAGCGUCUGCCUCCGAUCGGUCUUCUCACAUCAGAUGGCAGAACACAGUGGGCCGAAGCUCGCAGUGUGCUGAUCAAAGAUUCUACCAACAGGGACUCUCUGGACAUGAUUGAGCGCUGUCUGUGUCUGGUGUGUUUGGACGAGCCGUCUGCCACUGAACUGACUGAUACCAACCGAGCUUUACUGAUGCUCCACGGAGGGGGGGCAGACAAAAAUGGGGGCAAUCGCUGGUAUGACAAGCCCAUGCAGUUUGUAAUAGGUGCAGAUGGGUGCUGUGGUGUUGUGUGCGAACACUCACCUUUUGAAGGAAUAGUGCUUGUGCAAUGCACAGAAUAUCUACUGAGAUACAUGAGAGGAAGCCCUUCUAAGCUUGUGAGGGCCGCUAGCAUGAGUGAGCUUCCUGCCCCCAGACGACUUCGCUGGAAAUGCUCACCAGAUAUCCAAACGUUCCUCAUGGCCUCAGCAGACAAAUUACAGAGACUUGUGAAAAAUCUGGACAUGAACGUCAACACAUUCACUGGUUAUGGCAAAGAGUUCAUCAAGAAACAGAAAAUGAGCCCUGAUGCUUAUAUUCAAGUUGCCCUCCAGUUUACAUUUUACAGAUGUCAUGGACAUCUAGUGCCCACCUAUGAAAGUGCAUCAAUACGCCGCUUUCAAGAAGGACGAGUUGACAACAUUCGCUCCUCCACACCUGAGGCCUUGGCAUUUGUGAAAGCUAUGGCAAAUAACUCCAAAAUCGCUGAUGCUGAGAAAAUGGAGUUGCUUUGUUCAGCCAUUAAAGCCCAAACCAAUUACACAAUUCUAGCAAUCACUGGGAUGGCAAUAGACAAUCACUUGUUGGGACUGCGAGAGAUUGCCAAGGAGCUGAAUCUAGAAAAGCCAGAGCUGUUUUCUGAUACAACCUACACCACCAGCAUUCACUUCAUUCUCUCCACAAGCCAGGUUCCUACCACUGAAGAGAUGUUCUGCUGCUACGGUCCUGUCGUCCCUAAUGGCUACGGAGCCUGCUACAAUCCUCAGACGGACCACAUCCUCUUCUGCGUGUCAAGCUUCCAUGACAGCGCCGAGACCAGCUCAGAUUUGUUUGUGAAGACUCUUGAGGGGUGCCUAAAAGAAAUGCAAGAUCUAUGUAUAAAAAGCAACACUGAAGCUAAUCCAAAUGACACUAAAGAAAGGAUGGACGGAACUACCAAGGUAACGAAGAAUGGGAGAAAGUCUUAGCAAGAAGCUACAUCAUUCGAAUCGUAUGGGAGAAGCAGAAAUCACUGUGACUGUACAAAGAUGGAUAUUUUGGGAGAAAAUAGUCUCAAAAACAAGGCCAGAACAGCAGUGAUAUAGAUAUUCUAUGGAGCUGUAGGUGCUUGACAAAAGUAGAUAUAUUUAGUUAUUUUGAAUUAUUUGGCCUAUAAGAGAAUAUAAUUAAACUGGAGUAGAUGAGACUCAGCAUUUUAUGCCUUCUUAAUAUUACCUAAAGAAGCUGAGGUCUCCAAGAAUCCUACCCAGCUUCUUAUUCUGUCUAAGAGUAUAUUAGUAGUGGACACGGGGCAGCAUUAAAAGGCAGCAUUAAAAGAAUAGUUCACCCUAAAUUAAAAUAAAUAAAAAAAAUAAUAAUAAUAAUAAUAAAAAAAAAAAUUAUAUAUACGUAUGAAAAGUAAAGUGGAAAUUGCCCUCAAAAAUUACAUUCUCCAUUACGCUGCCUUUGAAAAACUGUACAAUAUCCACUUGAUUAGUAUGCAUAUGUACAUUUUAAUAUCAUAACCUAUAGCCGUUUACAAUCUAUACCAGUUUUUAUGGUUAUGUCAAGACAUAAAAUACUAAAAUACAGUACUCUGAAUGACAACCCUGUGGAAUUGGACCAGAAGCUGCUAUUUAACUUUGUCUUUGUGAGUCUCAUCCUUAGCAAUUUAAAGUUUAUUCAAUUUAUUUUUUUAAAUAGUAUCUGUAUACAUAGAAAAUUCUAUUUUAAGUCUGUAGUAUAUAAACCACAUGUCAGGACCAGGCAUUAAAAUAUAUUAUACUUUCUGGUAUUAUAGCUUUAAAGUGUGCUGUGUUUUAUGUGUUCUAUAAAUUGAAUUCUCACUUGGUCAUAUUCAAAAAAUGCACAGUCUAAGGUCCAGAAAACAAGCCGAUGUGCAUAAAUGUUUAAAGAAUAUGAGCCAUGUGUUUCCAUUCUGUGGGGUUUUGAUUUCCAAUGCAAUAACAGCAACAGAAUUUUUGGAUUACUAAUGCAAUAGCAGAAACCUAUAAAGACGAGAAUAAUAGCCAGAUUACAGUGGCAAAUUAAUAAGCUUUUUAAACGUGCAAUUAUUGUUGUGUAUGUGCUUAUGUUAUGUCUGAAAAUGUUACUGACACGUGUUGCACACAAGGAGCAUACAGUAUAUCUAAACAAAAAUGAACAAUACUUGAUGUCUGUCUAAUGUACACAGAUAAAGACUGAGUGAGAAAUAUUGUGUAGAUUUAUAUUGUGAACACUGUAAACACUGUGUUUUUAAAAUGUGUCUAAUUUGUUUCUCUUACAUGUCGAUCCUGUCGUAAUAGUAACUGUGAAGUAGAUCAAAAACUAAAACAGUGGCGCCUUGAGAAAUUACUUUUAGCACUUUAUAACUAGAUCAAAUAUGUACUGUAGCUUAGCUGAAAUAUACAAAUAAAGCACUCAAUCAUGUUACACGUACUAGAGAGAAUAUACGCAUACUAUAUAUAGAGAGAGAAAUUAUAGCCUUAGCCCAAUUUUUAGUAAUAGAAUAUGUUUGUUGAUUAUCAUGACAUAAUGUUAAGCAUGAAUACUUGAGAAUGGGCCAAACAAAAAAUACAUGUAAAAAAAAAAAAUGAGGAUGUAACAGAAUGUAUGUCUAGUGGUGGAGUGCUUAAACUGUGAUGUUAUUUAACUCUGGGAUAUUUAUUUUUUCAAAAAGAGUUUUCAAAAGGAGAAAUGGUCUAUUUAUCAAUAUCACUGUAUCCUAAUGAUGCCAUAAAGAGUACCAUUCAAAACCAA